UUAUAAAUUUUCUUUUAUGUGUAUAAUUAAAAAUAAAGUAAUAGAAAUGUAUAAUAAUUAUUUAAUAUUCAUUACAAGAGUAUUUAGUUAUUUACAUUUAUAUAAAGCUAUAAUACUAUUAAAUAUAAUUAUGUAUAUAUAUUUGACACAAAAAGAUGUAGUAAAAUUUAUUAGUGUAAUCUUAGAAUAGCUUGUACGAAUAUCUUUUUGAUUAUUGCCUUUUAUAAAUAUAUAUAUAUAUUGAUAGGAUGAAAAUGCCUCAAAUGGAUUAUUAGGGAUUGUUAUAAACUAUAGUGGUAUUUUUGUAACAUAAACGAAAAUAUAAAGUUAUUUUCAUAAUUUUAUUUUUCUUUUAAUAGUUAGUUAUUUUUGGACCUCAAAUAGUAUUAGUUAUAUUAUGUUAAAAUAAAAUUUAUUAUUUUUGUUUGAGAGUAUUUAAUUUUAACAAUUAGCAAUGAGGAUGCUCUUACCACUUUUCAGUGAAGACUGAAGAUGGUUGCUUACAAGCUAGAAUGCGACUAAGACUGCACCAAUCAUUCACAGUCAUGCCUAAUUUGUUAUACGAUAAUGAUCAAGGUCGGUUUAGGAACUACACAGUUAGAGACUUAGCACGUAAGACUAGACUAGUAAAUCAUGGUGUGAAGUGGGAAAAGCAUUGAAACUAAAAAGUGUGUGUGUGUGACAGAGGUUUUGGAAAGCGACUGAUGUAACGGACAUUGCAACAACUCCCUAUAAAGAUACUUAGUUUAACACAGAACAUAAUCUAUUCUUAACACAACGCUAAAGACAAGUCUACCAACCACACAACAACAAGAGAGAUGAUGAGAAAGAGAGAAAGUAGUAAGGUGAAGAAAGAGGAGUUAAACAGAGGAGCUUGGACCGAUCAAGAAGACAAGAUCCUUAAAGACUAUAUCAUGUUCCACGGCGAAGGAAAAUGGAGCACACUCCCAAACCAAGCUGGUCUCAAGAGGUGUGGCAAAAGCUGCAGACUUCGGUGGAAGAACUACUUGAGACCAGGCAUAAAGCGCGGAAACAUCUCAUCUGAUGAAGAAGAACUUAUAAUCCGCCUCCAUAAUCUCCUUGGAAACAGAUGGUCGUUGAUAGCUGGGAGGCUUCCAGGGCGAACAGACAAUGAAAUAAAGAACCACUGGAACUCAAACCUCCGCAAAAGACUUCCAAAAUCUCAAACCAACCAACAGAAAAGUCGAAAACAUUCCAACAACAACAACAUGAAUAAAGUAUGUGUUAUACGUCCAAAGGCGAUUAGGUUCCCAAAGGCUCUGACAUUUCAGAAUCAGAGUAGUAUUGGUAGUACCAGUCUUCUUACUGUGAAGGAAAACGUGAUUGAUCAUCAAGCUGGUUCUCCUUCAUUGUUGGGAGAUCUUAAAAUCGAUUUUGAUAAAAUUCAGUCUGAGUAUCUCUUCUCUGAUUUGAUGGACUUUGAUGGUUUGGGUUGUGGAAACGUAAUGUCUCUUGUUUCAUCUGACGAGGUGCUGGGAGAUUAUGUUUCGGCUGAUACUUCUUGUCUGGGUAAUCUUGAUCUUAAUAGACCUUUCACUUCUUGUCUUCAAGAAGAUUGUCUCUGGGACUUUAAUUGUUAGACCCUAUCAUAAAUCUUCAUAUAUUACGUCUACCUCUGUACGAACAAAAGUAUAUAUUUAUAUUUUGUUUGAACGCUUCUAAUUACAAGUAAUUUUUAACUUUGUUUUGCUUUUCUUGUCAUUAUCAGUUCUGCAAAUAUUUAUCAUAAUUCGAGUAUUAUGGAAGUGCUUUAAUUUUUUUUGUCUUUCAAACAUAUAUAAUAUGAUUAUAAGAUAUCGCAAAUGCGCAAUGGCGAAAUACAUUUUUUGAUAGAUUACAUGUUCAAUUUAUGUGCAUCAUGCAUGCCACAAAUGAUAGAGCUUUUAUUAUACCCUAACUACUGCUUAACCAUCCCUAUCAUUAAAACUUUACCAGUGUUAUUGUUCUUGGUAGAUAGAUACAAAUCGACUUUACAAUAUUGUAUAACGAAAAUAUACAUUCAUAUCCAUUUAUAGGCAGACACUGUCAUAACUGUAAGGAGUUUUUAAAAAUUUCAUUCUUGGAAUCAUCGUAUAUAUCAAAGGUUGGUGUUGAGGAUACUUUCCCUUCUACCAAUCCCUAAAAUCGGGUUUGCAAAAUAGUUAGAGAUCGAGACGUGCGUAACCCGGUGACCCUAUUUUAUAACUGAUUGAAUGGAUUUGCUUCAAAUGGUCUCAAGACUUAGAAAGUGUGUUCGGGCUAAAGCAAGCAAAUUCAGUGAACUGGAAGCUUUACAUAAAAGCACUAUAAUGGCUUGUUCUCGUACUAUUUUAUUGCCGAUCGUCUUUUUGGUUAGAACGUAGAAGCGACUACUUCUCGUUUGAUGAAAUGAAAGAAGUGACGUAUGUGAUGAAACGAAAUAACAAGAAACGAGUUUGGUGAUCAAUCAAUUAAUAGGUUUCCUAUAAAUGAGUGAAGUUCAAAGUCUUCACACCAAAUCUUUACGCAUUUAAAUUGGUGCAAUUUUAACUAAGCGAGGAUAUCUUGGCCUAUCAUAUUCAACUUUAUUGAUCACCCCACCUAACAUUGUUCAUAUAUAUGUUCAAUUUCAGAUGCUUUUCUGUUUGUUUUGUUAUGUUCAUUUAUUCUUAUUAUUUAGCUCGAAUAUUAUAUAUACAUAUACUUUCGAAAAACUAACGAACCUUAAUUUUCUAAAUAUUUAAUUAACAAACUAACCAUUUUAUAUAAUCUUCUAUAUUUUUAACACCAACAAAGUCAUUCAUCACCACCUCAACCACAACAGGGCAGCCAGCGUCUGGGGACUAAACUAUUAAAAUUUUUGACCCGCCGGCCAAUUUUUCGACGUUCAUGUCUUCUUAUUUAGUUUGUUUAAUUGUUGUCUAUAUUAGCAUAGAAGCGUCAUAGUGAAUAAUGUCUUUUAUACUAACGCCUAAUAUAUUUUUGGGUUUAUUUGUGUAGUAGCCAUAUUUUGAAGAUGAAGUAGGUGAAUGACAAUAAUUUUGACAUAAUUCAAUGUUAGGUAUUUAAGUCAUAAAUCAUCCGGUUUUACUCUUUUACGUAACAGGUUUCUCAUUAUAAGUAAAAAAAUAGGUGAUGUUGUUCUUUUGUGGUGCAGAUGAAGCCAAAACUAUUAUAUAUGAACGAAGAGGAAAUAGCCACAUCACUAUGUUAUUUAUCAAAAAAUGUUUUUUUUACUGUAGACAGUGAAACAAGUGCUGUAAAAUAUAAACAUGUUUAGAAUAAAUGGUUUAUUCCAUUUACCAACCUUGUAAAUUCAUCUGAAGAGAACAAACAUUGAAGAAGGUAAAAGAAUAAAAGGUUUAAAUGUUCUAUUCCAUAUCUGUCACCAUCACUAUCUCAACCUCUGAAAUUUAAAUACUAAACCUUAUCACAAUCCAUCCAAAUCCCUAAAUACUAAACCCUAAACCCUUAUAUAAACCAUAAACCCAAAUAUAAAAUCCAAAUCCAAAUAGAAUAGAACAAAAUAAAUAACAUAGUACAUAUUGGUGAAAUUAUGAAAUAUCUAUAAUUGCAUUGAAGAAGUUCAUGUUGGCUUAAACCAUACCUCCUUAUCUUCUAAAUACUAAACCCUAAACUCUAGUCACUAAACUCUAACCCAAAUAUAAACCUUGAAUCCAAAUAUCAAAAUCUAAAAAUAAACUUACGACGAAAUAACCCAACAUGAAGUAUAAACUAAAGCCUAUCAACUAAUCACUAAACUCUACAUGGAAAUAUAAACCCUAAUCUAACGUCAACCCUAAUUUUUCAUAAAGUAAAUCCAAAUUUCAAAAUGCCAGUAAGAUGUAUUACCAUUCUAUAUGAGGCAUAUAGAAUAGAAAAUGUGAAAAUGUAGUUGCAAUCUAAGGAUCAUCUUAACAUAUUUCUCAAAUGUUGAUAUGGAUAUACGUUCGUGGAAGGUGGUUAUGCUUACCCCAAUGUCAACCCCAAACGUACAUAAACUAAACCCUAUCAACUAAUCACUAAACCAUAUACAUAAAUAUAAACCCUACUCAAAAAUGUCAAUCUUAAUCUUUCAUAAACUAAACCCUAGCCACUAAUCACUAAACCUACAUGGAAAUAUAAACCUUAAUCAAAUGUCAAUCUCACUUUCAUAAACUAAACCCAAAUUUCGAAAUGCAAGAAACAUGUAUUUCCAUUCUACGAGCAUAUUGAAUAGAAAAUGUGAAAAU